CCCGAGGCUUUCCAAGCAGAUAGUGCAGCUCACGACUAAAGAGGUUUCUUACAUGAACCUACAGCUGUGUAAUCUAGGUGGUCAACCCACUUUUUGCCUGGUCAAUGUCGAACGACAAGGAUCCCGUCCUUCCUUACAUUGGUGACACUCUACAUGUCACUCGCCUUCCCCAACAGUUAAAUGUGGAGGUGACGGAGCUGCUGGAAAAGACAGAUAGCUUGCUAAACUCCCCUGUGGGCGGUCCUUCGCUCUCGGACACCGCACGCUCGAACGGGUCGUUAAGGCGCCUCAACCUCCCACCGACGCGACAGAGCAGGAGUAUUAGACGCGCCUCGUCGCUGCGCAGCGGAACUGUGGACGGUGCUGGCGCUGACGAGUACUCUGAUGCCGGGAGCCGCCUUCGGGAGUCUUUCGAUGCAGCUACUCGCAAGUUCCUUGCGUUUAAGAAGACGGCUAGUUUUAAAGAGCCACUCAGUGUUGAUAUCCCCCGCAAGGCGACGAGCUCCGAAAGGGAGGUGCCGACUCCGCGCCUGAAGGAUGCCCUUACCAGCCGCUCCACGCCGUCCAUCGCGCUCACGGACCCCAGCACCACCCUGGAGCGCAGCGCCUCCAUGACCCUCAUCUCCAACCAGCGCGACACCUCGGCUGGCGGCACGGGCCGCACCUACAACAGCUUCGCGGGGCUGCAGGACAUGGUGUCCAUGGUGGACGAGCUGGUUGCUGCGUCCGCUGCCGGCUCCGUGCUAAACGCCCCGCAGGAGACCAGGUUCGGCUCACCUGGGAGGCUGGGCGUAGGCACGACGCAGGGCUCGGUGGCUGGCGUGGGCAGCAGAGGCUCUUCCGUGGUCGCUGGAUUGGACAGCAGUCGGCCCGCGGCUGCUGGGCUGCGCUCCUCCAGUCCUAGCCGGCUGGGCUCCCCAUCCAGGUUGCCCAGCUCCCCGCUACGCUCCAGCUCGCCCCUCCGCCCUAGCUCCCCGCUACGGAAGGCCUCCGGGCCGUCGGGGGUGGCCGUUCCACCGCUGGCUGCAGCGUCGCCCCGGGGCGCCCAGGGCUCCAGGCGGGCGCAGCUGCAGGCGCUGCUGAGCAAGGACGUGGCGCAGCCUGAGGCCGUCAUAAAGUUCAAAGCGGAGCUGGCUGGUCAGGCACGGUCGCCCGUCAACAUGGCUGCGCUGACGGGCGACUUCCAGGAGAAGCUUGACCAGGUGGAGCGCAAGCUGAAGAACUGGGACCUGGUUGAAACGGUCGCCACGGAGCGCUUUACCACCGGUAUGGACGCGGCACUGGACGCCAUCUUCUCACGUGUCAACCUCACCUGGCCCUCCGGUGGCGUAGCCUUUCCUGGGGCCCCGGCGUCCACGAGCGGGCGCCCAUCGUCAAAGGGCCUCAGCCGAGAGGGAGAACGCCGGCAUAGCAAGGCGGAAGGGGCUCCGGAGCGGCACUUUCGGGGCUCGGGAGGUUGCCCGGGCGAGGCUGAGGACGCCGGCUGCGGCUGGGGUUCACCUGCAUCGUCGGGCUCCAAGGUCUUCGGCUGGGAUGAGGUAUCGUCCAGCACUACGGGACCCGCCGAUCAUCAACACCCCAGCAGUGACAGCGAGGCCAGCGCUGGCGGUCGCGGUGGUGACGCGCAUAGCAGGGGAAGCAAGCACCACAGCCAGCGCAGGGAUUCGGGAUCUGGCCAGGGCAUGUACGGCAGCAGGCGACGGGAGGGCUCGGGUGCGGGUGUUUCCAGCCGAGGACGCAGCAUGAGCAGCAAGCAGGGCGCUGCUCGAAUGGUAC